UGUCACAGGGGCCGCCCGCCCGGUCCCCUCAGGUGUCGCUGGCGCUGUCCGUGGUGCUGACCGGAGCCGCUUCUGCAGGGACGCUCCGAGAGGGCUCCUUGGUGCGGUUUCUCCUUAGCGCCGCAGGGAGCCUCGAUCCUAGGCGACCGGAGCUUGCUUCUGAGCAACACAACUACUCAAGCUCGCAGCCCGAUGGAGCCGUAAAAACUGCGCUAUUCUCGCUUGCUGAGCCUUUUGCAGUCCCAGGACCUAGAUCGCUAGCAGCCCCCCGCACACCUCCAACCAGCAAUCUUCAGAUGCGUUUCAUUUGCACCUAUAUUCUCUCCGAGAGAGGAGGGAAAUGUAGCAGAGUCGGGCAGAGGAAAGGGCUCUGCUUGCUUGCUGCAUUGAGGUCUGGCCCGGAGCCGCUGCUUUGAUCCUGGAUGCACGGAAAUUAGUCUUCAGAAGGGAAUGGAGACGUACUGGGGCUAUCAGAGUGGAGCUGGCAGCCCCUAUGCCUACUCGGGGAUGGGUGCCAAUGGAGCUGGCAUCCAAAGCAGCACUUACUAUAAUGAAGAUCUUCUGCACAAGACUAUCCUGGUUGGAGACAGCGGUGUGGGGAAGACAUCACUGCUGGUUCAGUUUGACCAGGGCAAGUUCAUUCCAGGCUCGUUUUCUGCCACUGUGGGCAUCGGAUUUACCGUGAUGCUGCUUGGCGACUCAGGUGUGGGGAAAACCUGCUUCCUCAUCCAGUUCAAAGAUGGGGCCUUCCUCUCUGGAGCCUUCAUAGCCACCGUCGGCAUAGACUUUCGGAACAAAGUGGUAACGGUGGAUGGUGUUAAAGUGAAACUUCAGAUCUGGGACACUGCAGGCCAGGAGCGGUUCCGGAGCGUGACCCAUGCUUACUACCGAGAUGCUCAGGCUCUUCUCCUUCUCUAUGACAUCACCAGCAGAAUGUCCUUUGACAAUAUUCGGGCUUGGCUGACAGAGAUUCAUGAAUAUGCUCAUAAGGAUGUGGUCAUUAUGUUGCUAGGCAAUAAGGCUGAUGUGAGCAGUGAGAGAGUGAUAAGAACGGAAGACGGGGAAUCAUUAGCCAGGGAAUAUGGAGUGCCUUUCAUGGAGACCAGUGCAAAGACUGGAAUGAACGUGGAGCUGGCAUUUAUGGCCAUUGCCAAAGAGCUCAAGCAGCGAGCGGUGCAGCAGCCAGAGGAGCCCAGGUUCCAGAUCCACGACUACAUAGAGUCCCAGAAGAAGAGAUCCAGCUGUUGUGCCUUCCUUUGAUGGCGUAGACGGCCAAGUCAGACUAGAAGACCUAGUGCCAAGAAAGAAGGUCACAAAACAGACUGGCAUAGUGGAGAUACAGAGAGGACGCUGUGCUGAGGAUCCCUUCCAAAGAAUAUUUUUUAGAGAAAGUUGCUCAUAGAUUCUAAAUGAGAAGUACGUCAUACCUGUUCUCCGAGUGAAUGAGAGAGAGUGUGCAGGGCCUUACUGCAAAAGCCAAAUGCGCUCUUCGGGACUGACCAUGACAAUCUCAUGCUUGAAAAUGGGGGUGGGGGGCGGGGGGGUGUCAGCAUUCAUAACAACACUUUCUGAGCUUGGCCUUAGCAAAGCAAAUCAAAUUUCCUUUGGCCAACAGACUAUCCACUAUCCUGUGCCAUAUACGGAAAACAGGUUCAGUAUGAAAUGGCUAUAUAAUCUGUCUCCCCAAGGCCACUAAGAUUGUGGUAGGUUGGUUGCAGCAACAGAACAGACAUCUACACCUGUCAAAAAUCCAGAGGGAGGUUUUGCAUAAGGUACAAGCAGGCUGAAGGGUUAACUGGAUAACAUGACCGGGGAAAAAAUGACCACACUUUUGCUUGUUCUUAAAAGCAAUGUUUUAUGGGAUGAAUUAAAUUAGCAGUAAAGAAA